GGUGGCCAGUCUCUUGCAGGAGCAAGUUUGAACAGCUCCUCCCCUCACUUCCUCUCUCCUCUGUCGUCUCAGUGUCCUGGCUUAGCACCACCUUCAAAGUCAGAGGAGUGAGCAGGACCCAGAUUUUCCAGGAAUUCAAACUACAAUGGCAGCCCGAUACCACAGCUCAUGUUCCAACCCCAGUGAAUCCAGGAGCUGCCGUGGGCUUGGAGACCAAAACCCCAGAGAUUUGCAACAGGGAACAGCAUCCUUGGUAAGAAAGUGUUUAAUUUCGGCCUUGCAGCAAAAUCCAUCACCAAGUCCUGCGAGAAAGGGAGCAGCAUGUGGCACGGGAAAACAAUUGUUGUUGUGGAUACGCCUGGUGUUUUUGACACCGAGGUACAGGAUGCUGACACCUGCAAAGAGAUUGCUCGCUGCAUCCUCCUGACCUCCCCGGGGCCUCACGCUCUGCUCCUGGUGGUCUCACUGGGCCGUUACACGCAGGAAGAGCAGAAGGCCACUGAGAAGAUCCUGAAAAUGUUUGGACACAAAGCUAGGAGAUACAUGAUUCUCUUAUUCACCCGGAAAGAUGACUUGGAAGGGACCCACUUCCACGAUUACCUAAAGGUAGCUCCAAAAGUCAUUCAAGAGCUGAUGAAGGAGUUUGGUGAUCGCUACUGUUUGUUCAACAAUAAGGCGACGGGAGCUGAGCAGAAGGCCCAGAGGGCACAACUGCUGGCCUUGGUCGAGCACGUGGUGAUGCAGAAUGAAGGAGGAUGCUACACUAAUGAGAUGUACCAAAGAGCAGAGGAGGAGAUUCAGAAACAAAUCGAAGUGUUGCAUGAACGUUACAGAGCAGAGCUGGAGAGAGAGAAAGCGCUGAUAAGAGAGGAGUACGAAGAGAAAAUCAGAAAGCUGGAGGAUGAGCUGGAGCAGCAGAAGAAAAUGGCACAAAUGGAGAGGGAGUUAGCUGAAAGGGAGAUUGUCUGUGCCUCAAGGCAGCGAAAUGCCAGAGAAGAGGUUGAGAGUGACUUAGAGAGCCCAGCCCCCACCAUGGUGAUUCUGUCCUUCAGUGGGGGAUGGAUGCCUUACGUGACAUUGUGGUUUGUGGAGAAAGAUGGGGUCCCCAGGCCUCAGCCCCUGCUCCUCUACUGCUGGGUGAUGUCCCUAGUCUGUCAGGUCUCUGAAGUCCUGCUGGCCCCUGUCAAGGCAGUCCACAAGCCGGUGUAA